UACCAUAUUUGGGAAGUGCUUGCGCUUGACCCGGAAGAGAAAUGUAACUUGUCCUCAAAUGGCCGAAGUUGUGUGAGGAUUGAGUGCAUGGAUCUGGAACGAUUGAUGAUAUAAACAUUCCCAUUUCAGCGGUAACUACGUGUACAUAUAGCUCCCUCGAGGCUCGGCACAGGCUGUGAUGGGAAACCUUUUACGUAUUCUUCUCAACAAUGAACCUCCUGCCAAAGCACAGGACAUCUUCGUGGACUUUGAGAACACAGAGCCGACACCCCAGGAGCGACCUGUGUACAGCAUGGUUGAUGCCGUCCUCAAAGUGUCCCAUGAGAUCACCAAGGAGUUACGGAAAUACACAGGAGCCACAGAAGAAAUAAGACAGGCCAUAUCUAACCCCACAAUUGCCGAGCACCAAGAGAAGGCCCUGGAAGCUGUCUUCCCUCUAGUUCUCAAGCUGAAAGCUUUCUACGAAUUCUCCCUCAAACUGGAAAAUGUUGUACCAGAUCUGCUACGAGAGUUGUGCUCGGACAACAUGACGCCUCGGGAACAUCUGGAGUGCCAGCAGUCUUUGUUUAAACAGUUUGCAGAGAUACUGGACUUUGUCCUCACGUUUGAUGAUCUGAAGAUGACCAAUCCAGCCAUUCAGAACGACUUCAGCUAUUACAGGAGAACGUUGUCACGGAAACGACUUGCAAAUGAGGAUGAAAAUGAGGAAGAAACAGUUUCUAAUGAGAUGGCUAACAGGAUGUCCCUGUUUUAUGCACAUGCAACCCCCAUGUUGAAAACUCUCAGCGAUGCCACAGCCAAGUUUGUGUCCCAGCACAAAGAUCUGCCCGUGGAACAGACCACAGAUGUCCUCAGCACCAUGGCCAAUAUAUGUAGGGUCAUGAUUGAUAAUCCCCAGUACAGUUCAAGGUUUACCAGUGAGGAGACAAAGUUGUUCUGUUUACGAGUUAUGGUCGGCGUAAUCAUUCUCUACGACCACGUGCAUCCAGUCGGGGCCUUCGCGAAGACUUCAGGAAUCGACAUGAAGAGUUCUAUCAAGGUUUUGAAAGAUCAGGGACCUAGGAAAGUGGAGGGUUUACUGAACGCUUUAAGAUACACAACCAAACACUUACAAGAUGAAACCACACCAAAAGCAAUAAAAGCUUUACUGGCGGAGUGACCCUGACCCUGGGGGACCUUCAGCACUGUGUCGACCAAGCUGUUUUUAAUAUGUACAAAUCAUACUGUGCUGGCCAAUAAUGGACCAAUCAUUGCCUUGAUUACAGCAUCACCUGAGGCAGCUCAACCAAUCGGCUUUGAGUUAGCUUGUGGUGUGGUCACUUUGUGUAUUAUUCACCAUCCUCAUCACCAUCAUCACUUCAUGACCCAUCUUUAUCUCACAGUGCAACAAAUGACAACAUGACUGGCUGGCCGGAAACGUUAGUGUGUUAGAACUAGGAGAGGUAUGAAUAUGUUCCGCAACUAUUCACCUUGGAACUAUUCAUAUCCAUCAAUAUCAAAACUCUACUUUUCAAAAAAAAUUAUUUAAAUCUUGAGAAAGAAUAUUGACACUUGGCGUUUGUUUAAUAAGAUGAAUGAGAUUUAUGAAUACAAUUGAUGGUUAUAUAUGAAGAAAGUAUUCUCCAACUGCAGAGAACAUAUGUAAAUAUGUCUCUGUUGCCAUGGUAUUUGUCCAAGACAAUGCCGUAUUGUCCAAGAUACAUGCUGCUCAGUGAUGGUAAGGUGUCUUGACCACCAUAAUGGUUGUCCAGGCAACGUUCAGGACGUGUUGUUCCUCUAGAAGUAAUAGUGUUGUCAUCAGCUACAGUUUGAUCAGUGCCAGAUGACAAUAUGAUUUUCUAACCUUCCUUCAUUUUUAUCCUCAUCAUUACUACAAAUGUUUUGAGAAUUAAAUCAGCACCAGUACUGAAUGGAAUCAUCCCUUGCGUGUGGAUACAUUAUGUAUACAUCACGAACAGCACUUUGAUAAUUGUAGGUAGAACUGUUUGUAGACCCUGAUUCUGUUUGUAUUCAGUGAGCCUAUGUUAGUCCUUGGAGACAGAAGGGCAGCUUGUAUCCCAUGAGCAGUGUGAGAGUAUUCUGUGUGCUCCCCACCCCUCCGUUUGUUGUAUCCCAGGAGCGGUGUGAGAGUAUUCUGUGCCCUCCCCACCCCUCUGUUUGUUGUAUCCCAGGAGCGGUGUGAGAGUAUUCUGUGUGCCCCCCAUCCCCCUCUGUUUGUUGUAUCCCAGGAGCGGUGUGAGAGUAUUCUGUGUGCUCCCCACCCCUCUGUUUGUUGUAUCCCAGGAGCCGUGUGAGAGUAUUCUGUGUGCUCCCCACCCCUCUAUUUGUUGUAUCCCAGGAGCGGUGUGAGAGUAUUCUGUGUGCUCCCCACCCCUCUGUGUGUUGUAUCCCAGGAGCCGUGUGAGAGUAUUCUGUGUGCUCCCCAUCCCUCCUCUGUUUGUUGUAUCCCAGGAGCGGUGUGAGAGUAUUCUGUGUGCUCCCCAUCCCCCCUCUGUUUGUUGUAUCCCAGGAGCAGUGUGAGAGUAUUCUGUGUGCUCCCCACCCCUCUGUUUGUUGUUAUGUAGUAACAUAUACAUACAGCUACGUCAGUGAUAAGCAUAUGACUGUGGUCAGUAUGCUGUGUAUUCCAUUGCAAUGUAACUGUACUGGGUAUGUUGAUCUUGGACACCAGCUUUAAAAGUUUUAGGGAGAAUGUACUAUAAUGUGAAAUCUCAGUGUUAGACUAUGCAAGUCCCAAGUCAACUCGUGCAGUGCCAAAACCUGGCAUUGUCAUGCUAAGAUUGGUCCCUAAAGUCAGCUGUUGCACUGCAAAGCCUGGCUCCCAAGUCCGUUGUUGCAGUGUCAUCUCCCAGGGCCACACAGCUGUAGAACAGCUGUAGAACAGCAAUAGGUAGAAGGUCUACAGUGUUGUAAAGGAUUCAUGAACAAUAUAUUUUAGGAUUAUGUUGAAGCAUAAUUUGUAUCAAUGAGAAUGAAAUAGUGUAUACUUCUAUGACAUGUUAAUCUUUGGCAAUAUAUGUUUGAACAGUACAUUCCGUUAUGCAUGUUUAGGGCUGCAUAAUUCGAGCCGAUCAGGGUACGAGGGUGUUUACACUGUAUUGCACUGUGAGAUCAUACAGUUCUAUUCCUCCCUUGAUGAAGCAACGCAUGGAGGUGACAUCCUUCAUAAAAAAUAAUCUCAUUCCAAUUUUGUCUUUAUGCAUAAAAGAUUCCUACUGGGAAAUGGGUAGAAUAUUGUUUUCUACAAUAACACAACCCCCUUGUGCUGCUUCAUUGAGGCAAGUCAUGGCUUUGCUAAGAAUUCUGUAAUAACUUGUACAUUUAUGUGUUAUAUAUAUAUAUAUAUAUAUUGUGUGUUUGAGUACUUACUGUUAUAGACUGGGAGCUUUGUGUAGAUACGAUAUUUUCCCAUCCCACCCUUUCUCCAGGUUGAUUACUGUGUUGGUUUCAGCACUUACAGCAUCCAUCGCUCCAGGUCAUGCAGAGCACUAUCAAUGUUAGUACAACAAGAACAUUUUAGUUAUGCAAGUGAAUGUUGUAUGUUUUUGUCUUGGACUAUUCUCUACUAUCUUUACAUUUGAUUAUUUGUACUAAUCCAAUAACUGGCCUUGACCUCCACCUUCUACUGGUCAUGAAGCACACACCCUCCUGCUUGUGUCGCAUUGUUAAGUCCAACCCAAAGUGCAAUUAUCAAACAUGACCUUGUGGUUAUUUCUGGAUGUUCCUGGUUGAGGGUCUGUGAGGCACAGUGAAGAUGUAGAAGGUGACCCAGUACUGCUCUACACAGUCGCUUGGCUGAGUUUGGAUCCCAUAUUUCCUCCAGUAGUGAUCCUGGGCCGGCCACCUCCUAUACUUGUGGAUUUCACUGAGCAGCUAAAAGUUGAGAACUUGCGUCCCUCUGCAAUUGCUUCUGAAUAAUAAAGCAGUAGAAACACAGCUCAUUCACAGUUCCAUGUCUUCUUUUGAAAAUAUUAAACAUGAAGUAGAAGGCAAUACUGUGGUCACUGUGUUUUGGUUGAAGAAUUCCUCCACUUGGAUCGAUGUACCAUCAGUGACAGUAGGACUAGGGUUAGCCCAGUCUUGUAAACAUCACUUUGAUUCCAGUAGAGGUUUAGUUUGUCGGUUUCAUAGUUUCUUCUGACUGUCUGCACACCCAUUAGAUGGCAAUAUUCAUGCACUCACUGUCGUCACCCAUAUCUGAGUUAGUUUUUGAUGUAUUAUCUGAGAUUUAGUCCUUGAAAUAACACAAGUAUAAAUUGUUAUAGUAUUAUGACUUUUGCCUCUGCACACUUCGUCCAAAGCAAUUGGUCCCACCAUUCGUAACACCAAGCUGACAGGAGCCAGUUGUACCGUCAUUUGAGAAACUACAUUUCAGGGCAUAUUUUCUAUUUUCCACAAGACGUAUAGAAAUGCUUAUAUUUAAACUAUUUUGAGAGAUUGUAUAUUUUCCAUUUCUGAUGAUCACACUAUAUUCUCAGGAUGUGUAGUGGUGUUUUGUUGUUGAUGUAUCGAUGUUUACUCCAGACACUCACUUUCCAUCUUAUAAGGUUGUGGUAAUGUCAUUGUGACCAGACAAUACUGAUGCCAGCCUGGUCCCUACACGAACCACAGGAUAACUGUCAGGUGUUUCAAGAACAGUGUUACCCUUGUUGAUAGAAAUCUUUCCUAAGCAAGAAGGUGUAGUAAUAAUUAGAUUUCUCCAAUGCCAUAAGUUGUUAGGGUUUUUUCUGGAUACGCCAAUUUGAUAUUGCAAAACAAUUGUCCCUAUUUUCAUUUCCACUGGUAAUUUUGAAGUGAACAUGGGGUGCAGGUUUGUUAGGAGGGCCUCUCCAGGACGUGUAUUGUUAUUAUCACACGCCAGCUGGAAAGUGAGUGUUUGCCGUGUAUAUUAGGGGAUUGGUUGGACACUGGAUGAUAUCACUGUGUUCCCCCUGGCUAGCAGGGAUUGGUUGAACAUUGGAUGAUAUCCCUAUGUUCCCCUUGUCUGGCAGGGAUUGGUUAACAGUGUGUGUGAUAUCUCUGCAUAUUCUCUGCUUCGGGGGCAUUGGUUGGGCACUAUGAUAUCUCUGUUAUUGUACUGUCUGUUGAGUAUGACUACCUUCAAUAGUUCCUGUCUGGUCCAGUGUGAGAAUAUGGAACUUUGUAUGCUAAUAGUUUAACCCUUGUUAAUAUUUGGAAUUAACAGUGACAAUAUGUUUUGGCAGCUGUAGGUUGACACAAUGUUACAAGCACCUUGUGUCUUAUUGUUUCAUUCUCACCAAAGAAAAGGUUUCAUUUUUGGUUAUUUCUGGAAAACGAAGUCAGCUAUUCUGAUGAUGUGAUGAUACAGGAAGUGUUGAUGAUAUUGGAGUUGGGACAUUUGAGCACAGAAAAUAUUGGUUUUUGAAAUCAGUUUGAAAUUACAAGUUUUAUUAAUGUUGAUACAAGAUUGGAAAGUUAUGAUUCAGACUAUGAGUAAACUUUUGGUUCUUUUAAAGAGAGGGGCGGUGAGGUAGCCUAGUGAUUAAAGCGUUCACUCGUCACACCAAAGACCCGGGUUCAAUUCCCCACAUGGGUACAAUUUGUGAAGCCCAUUUCUGGUGUCCCCCACCCUGAUAUUGCUGGAAUAUUGCUAAACACGGCGUAAAACCAUACUCAGUCAGUCAGUCAGUCUUUUAAAGAGUAAUAUUUUGUUCAUCUGACGAAAAAUACAUCUUCUAUUUUCCCAUUGUAUAACGCCAUUCUCUUUAGACUGAGAAAUGCAAUUCAGAAAUUCGUUCAUUGAAUCCUUUGAUUAAUUCCAGGGGUCUUUGUGUUACUUUUUUUAAUGAUGAAUAAUGUACACAAUAUGAUGUUUCCUAAAGUUAUUGUGUCUCCUCUUAGAGGGACAGUAUUAUAAGCCUUGUUGGUUGUUGCAUUACAGAUUGUCCUGUUCCACAUGCACAUGUGUAUAUUGGUAAUAACUUCAUAAUCAAGAAUGAUAUAUUUUGAAGGGCCCACAAUAAAUAUUUGAAGAUGCUUGGAGACAGUAAUAUUUCAUGUUUAGAUAUUCUGUAGGGUCAAAGAGACUGGGGAUGAUUGGGUAGUCGGGUGAGUUAGGUGUUGUUAGUUCCUGACAUCGUACAAUUUGUAUUUAUAGAUGUUAUUGCAGCCAUUGUGUUACCGUACUCCUAAUAGUAAUGUAACUGUAAUUAAUUUCUAAAUCAUAUAACUAACUCAUUCCUAAUACUGUGGAUGUUAGUUUGUCCACAAGAGCUAUGCUUAACAGUAUUUAAAGAGAGGUUUUGUCUGAACAGGGUCCUGUACUGGAUGUUGUCUAGAAUGUGAAAUGGAGUACAUUGCAUUGUUUUAACAGACAUGGUCAUAGAACUUUGAGGGUAGUGAACAAAACUUAUAAUGUUAAAGGAUUCGAGAAAACCUCAAG